AUGGACGGUAGGGGCGGUUGUUGCAUAGCCAGAUAUGGCGGUUACGGUCUCUCCAAAGCUGAUCGAAUCAUGCUUCGCUUUCGUCCCAUUGCUCCUAAACCCGCCGGUGGUGACGGGAGAAAAUAUGGUUCCACCUCAACCACGAGCGGCGGGAGCUCCGAUAUUUCCGGUAAAUCUGGUAGACGGAAGAGAAAGUAUCAGAAAAAUAGUUCCUGCGGUAACUCUCGGAGGUGCAUUAAGAAAAAGAGAUAUCUCGGCGGAGACGCUGUUACUACUGAGAAACGAGUUACGUUGUCACUUUUACCAGAGGCGCCUGAGAAACAAGUUUUUCCAGAUCUGAAUGCUUUCCCGGUGGAGAAGCAGAAGCCAAACGGUCCAUUGUGGCUGAGCUUCAACGGCGGUAUUGAGAUGUUAGCGCCGUACAAGACGCCGGAGAUAUCACCAAGGACUGUGGUCGUCUCGUCGUGUGUGACGGUUGAGCGUGUGACUGACGCUUGGAUCGAUGGUUACGGAUUAGGGCAAACAGAUGACGAGAGGAAGACGAAUCUUGUGAAAGACACGUGUCCUGGUUUCAUAUCGGACGGUUUAGGGAGAGUCACGUGGACCAAUGAGGCGUACAUGAAGAUGGCUAGGGAAGAUAUUAAUAUUCCGAUGGAGGAAGGUGUACCGGAGAUUAGUUACGAUAACGAUAGUUUUCACGUGAUCGUACGGUUGGUGAUGAAGGAGAUGCCGAUGCUAACGUACCCGGCGUUCACAUGCAGAGUUAGAUUACAGUACACGUAUCAAAACCGAGAAAGAGGAUCUGUCACGGUGCCUUGUGACGUUUGGAGAAUGGACGGCGGAGGUUUUGCGUGGAGGCUUGACAUUAAGGCAGCUUUGUGUCUGUGACGUUCUUUCAGUAGCCGUCGUACGUUGUUGGAUUCACAAUUAAUGAACGGUCCCGAUAGUAUUACGCAUGAUCUUCGUAGAACUAAAAUAUAGCAAGUGCUGAACUUUGUUUGUAUAAUUUUCACCUUGAACAUUUGUUUCUGUUUUUUUUUUCUUUCUUAGAUAGGAUUAUUUUAUAUAAAAUGCUUUGUUGUUUCUAUGAAAUGCUCAAUCGCUAAUAUCAAGUUUAUGUUUUA